AUGGCGGAUUUUUUGGUUGAAAUAACAGGAGACCCAGGCGAAGACAUGGGUACACGGUGGAAGCUCCAUGUAGACGGAGCCUCCAACCAGACCUUCGGAGGAGCCGGGAUCAUCCUAGAAAGUCCAAACGGGGUCGUAUACGAACAGUCGGUCAGAUUCGAGUUUCCCAUCUCGAACAACCAAGCAGAAUACGAAGCCCUCAUAGGAGGCUUGACCCUAGCAGCAGAGGUCGGCGCAAAAAGGCUGGAAGUAUGCAGCGAUUCCCAAGUCGUCACUUCCCAAGUAAACGGCAGCUACCAAGCCAAGGACCCCUUGUUGCAGAAGUACUUGGAAAAGUUAGCCAGCACGAAGCCAGGGGAGGGAAACCGGUCUCUCAUCCAAGGCAUGACAAGGGAACCUGCAAUUGUACUACACACAACAACCCUAAGUUCUUCAUGGCUAGACCCCAUCACAAACUACCUAGAACACGGCCAAGUCCCUGCUGACGAAAAGGAAGCGGUGAAAUUAAGGAGGGAAGCGGCCAAAUACGCCGUCAUCCAAGGACAGCUAUUCAGAAAGGGGCUCAGCCAACCCCUACUGAAGUGCCUGCACCCCGACCAAACGGACUACGUCCUCAGGGAAGUCCACGAGGGCUGCUGUGGGCACCACAUCGGAGGAAAAGCCCUAGCAAGAAAGUUGAUCCGAGCUGGGUACUACUGGCCGUCGAUGAUGGCAGAUUCCAAAGAGUUUGUCAAAAAGUGCAUAAAGUGCCAACAGAACGCCAACUUUGCCAAGGCACCGGCAAACGAGUUGAGCUUGCUGACGACCUCCCGGCCGUUCGCACAGUGGGGAAUCGACCUCUUGGGGCCCUUUCCCGUCGGCCCUGGGCAGGUGAUAACACGGUUCGGGAUACCAGAAGUCGUCAUCUCGGACAACGGCACACAAUUUGCCGACAAAAAGUUCACAGAAUUUCUCAACGGCCUAGGUAUAAGGCAAAAGUUCUCUUUGGUAGAACACCCUCGGACGAACGGACAAGUGGAGUCCGCCAACAAGGUUAUCCUUUCAGGGCUAAAGAAGAGGUUGGACAACAAAAAGGGUGCUUGGGCCGACGAGCUGGCAUCAGUUCUCUGGUCUUACCGAACGACCGAGCAGUCCUCCACCAAGGAAACCCCUUUCCGGUUAACGUACGGGGUGGACGCGGUAAUACCCGUAGAAAUCGGAGAACCGAGCCCACGACUUCUUUUGAAAGGGGUGGAGGAAGCCGUAGAAAAGGACCUGAUAGAAGAAGCCCGAGAAAUGGCCCACUUGACAGAAACGGCGCUAAAACAAAGAGUUGCGCUCCGCUACAACACCAAAGUGCUCAAAAGGGAAUUCGAGCCAAACGACCUCGUCCUGAGGCGAAAUGAUAUCGGCCUGCCGACCCCCGGAGAAGGCAAGCUGGCGGCUAACUGGGAAGGCCCAUAUAGAGUCAAGAAAGUGAUGGGAAAAGGAGCAUUCAAACUAGAAAGGCUCGACGGCAAGGAAGUCCCGAGAACUUGGAAUGCGGACAACCUUAGAAGAUUCUACUCCUAG